CUCGCCUGUCCUGCCCAUUCUGCGCUGCGCUCUGGGCAGAGUUACACUGGGUGUGUCCCGACGUGGUUCGUCUCUCGGAGUUUGUCCGAACCGGAAUCGUCCCGAAGUUCUAUCCCGACCCGGUUCGUCUCUCGGAGUUUGUCCGAACCGGAAUCGUCCCGAAGUUCUAUCCCGACCCGGUUCGUAUCUCGGAUUUUGUCUGAACCUGAAUCAUCCCGAAGUUCUAUCCCGACCUGGUUCGUCUCUCGGAGUUUGUCCGAACCUGAAUCAUCCCGAAGUUCUAUCCCGACCUGGUUCGUCUCUCGGAUUUUGUCCAAACCUGAAUCGUCCCGAAGUUCUAUCCCGACCCGGUUCGUAUCUCGGAUUUUGUCUGAACCUGAAUCAUCCCGAAGUUCUAUCCCGACCCGGUUCGUCUCUCGGAGUUUGUCCGAACCUGAAUCAUCCCGAAGUUCUAUCCCGACCCGGUUCGUAUCUCGGAUUUUGUCCGAACCUGAAUCAUCCCGAAGUUCUAUCCCGACCUGGUUCGUCUCUCGGAGUUUGUCCGAACCUGAAUCGUCCCGAAGUUCUGUCCCGACCCGGUUCGUCUCUCGGAGUUUGUCCGAACCGGAAUCGUCCCGAAGUUCUAUCCCGACCUGGUUCGUCUCUCGGAGUUUGUCCGAACCGGAAUCGUCCCGAAGUUCUGUCCCGACCCGGUUGGUGCCGCUCCCGCUCAGCAUGCGCCGCUCCCGGCGGCGCUGGCUCCGAGUGCUGCUGCUGGUCACGCAGGCAGCUGCUUUGGGAAGCAGUGCUGUCACCCUGAGGAGGGACAGCUCGGAUGCCUUGGAUUCCAGCUGGGGAGGGAGGGAUGAUUGCCAGAAGUGCCCUGCAGGCUCCUACCUUGCAGAGGAGUGUAAAGAGCAGCACGGCUCUGGCAGGUGUGAGCCCUGUGGAGAGGGGGAAUUCAUGGAGUACCCAAACACCUUCCAGUCCUGCCAGGAGUGCUCCAAGUGCAGGGAAGAUCAGGUGCAGCUGAGUCCCUGCCAGCCCUCCAGGAACACGGUGUGUGCCUGCAGGGACGGCACCUUCUGCCCCCCGGAGCACCCCUGUGAGAUGUGCCAGAAGUGCCAGCCCAGGUGUCCUGAGGGCCAGGAGGUGCUGAAACCCUGCACAGCUGACAGUGACCUGCAGUGUGCUCCUGCCAGGGGCGGUGGCACCGUCAGCAAAUGGGCCAUCGGGGUGAUUACAGCCGUGGUAGUUGUGGUCCUGGUAAUGGUUUUGUUCUGCAUCUGGAAACGCCUCUGCAGGGCCCCAGGGGAUGGGAGAUCCUCCAGCAAGGGACCCUGCAAAAUGAUGAGCUCCAUGUUUCGGAAGCUGAAGUACAAGAGCGUGGAGGCAGGGGACAAUGCCACCAACGAGCAGCGUGACCCGGGCUCAGAGCCACCGGUGACACCACCAAGUGGGAGUGUGAGACCCAAGGAGCCACCGAGCGCGAGACCCGAGUGGAACCUGGUUCCAGCACCAGGGGACACCCCCAUUCAAAGGCUGCGAGACUCCUUUUACACCUUUGCUAAGAAGGUCUACACCGAGCACUGGAAGAAAUUCGGGCGCCACCUGAAGCUGGAGGAGAACGACGUGGCCAUGGCCAGGACAGAGGAUGGAGUCUAUGAGAUGCUGCUCAGGUGGCAGAGCAGGGAGGGGACCAAAGCCUCUGUGAACACCCUGCUGGAGAUCCUGGAGGAGCUCAACCUCGGGGGGGUGGCAGAGGAGAUCUCCUGCGUUCUGAUCCAGAAGGGACUUUUCCAGGCUGGAGCUGAGGGGGGUGGUGAGCAGGCUGCACCUCCCUCCUUCCAGCCAGAGCCAUCAAAUACCUCCCAGGACACUUGAAUUUCUGCUGUUCAUGGCUCUCCUUUGGCUCCUUCUCAAGCCAUCAGCACUCAGCAGAGCCAGGAGGGCUGAUCCUCCUCAGAGUACGAGCUCAGGGUGCUCCCAGCUGCAUCCCAGGCUCAAUGUUGGUGCUUCCUCACAGAACCCAGGCUGGUUUCUUGAUCUCACUCAAUGCCAAGAGUUUCAAAUCAUUCCUGGAUGCCAACGGUACUGCCUGGAUCUCCAGCACCAGCACAGAACCAGAAGGGAUUUUGCAGGGAUUUUGGCAUCCCUGUGCUUUUGAACUGGAUCAUAUUCCUCAAGGGAUUCCUGGCAUCCUGCAAUGGCUUCUACACCUCUCAGCAAGCUUCACUCUGUGUGCUGGUGGUUCUGCAGCUGGAGCCUUGGGUUAUUUGUUGUAGAGAAACUAGUGUUUUUCAUUGUUUUGUACUGUUAGGAGCCAGGGUGUGGAGGAGAGACUGGGAAUGAUUCAUUUGCACUAUGGUCACUGGGGGUGCCUGGGGAAAGGGACAGUGCAGGGCUCAGCCAGGAGCAGGGACAUCCUCCACUGUCCAGGCUGUCCUGGGCAGUGUUUGCCCUCAUUGCCAAACAGUUCUUCCUAAUGCCAAUGUGACUGUCACUUGCCUGGCACUUCACCCCUUGUCCCUCUCCAGCUCUCCUGGAGCCCCUUCAGGCACUGGAAGGGGACUGAAGGUGUCCCAGAGCUUUUUUUUCUCCAGGACAAUCCCAGCUCUGCCAGCCUGCCCUCAGAGCAUCCCUGGAUUUGCUCCAGCCCAUCCACAUGGUGUUGGAGCCCCCAGAGCUGCAGGAGGGGUCUCAGAGCUGAGGAGAAGGGACAAGUCCCCUCUGGUGGCCCUGGGGGUGGCGGUGCUGUCCCCAUGUCCCCAGGCAGUGUGCAGAGGGGAGUGCACUGUGACCUGCUGCCCACCCUCAGCCAGGGCAGCUCCUCAAGCUCUGCCUCUCACACACAGCUCAGGUUUUGGGUUUUUUUUUCUCAGCUGGAAAAGCUACUGGAAUACUUGAGCUGGCACUUCAGGGCCUUCCCAGUGGGGUGGGAGGCUGCUCAGCCUUCCUGCUGCUCCCCCUUCUCCUCCACCCUCCAAUAAUGUAUUCAAGAUGUAAAAUUGUAUAUUUUAUUUAUUUAGCAAGUGUAAACUUUACAUAUAUUAACUUAAAAUGUAUAUAAAAAUAUCA